CGAUAGGCUCGGGUUUUGCACGUAGCGUUACUGUGGAGAGAAUGAGUUCCUUGCUGAAGACUCUCAUAGUUUCAAAAUUAGUAAAAGUCACUGUGAAUGACUUUACUUUUGGAAGGAAACCGUAUCUGUUUGCUGCAUAUCUAGUGCCCUUGAAUCGAUAUUGCACAAGUGUUGAAACGGUCAAAAACACGAAUCAGCAGACAAAGGAAAAUCUUCAAAACAAGACGAAUAUUCGUAAAAAUUACAAAAACAAACCAUAUCGGCAAGCCGAUUUGGCAACAAGCUUAGAGUAUUUAAAUUCUGAUGUAUAUAGGAAUACGUAUAGGGGUAAACCUGUAUGGUUUUACUACAGACGUAACUACAAAGGACAUUUCCCCCCAAGUUCAACAAGGAAAAAUUGCGUCUAUCUUGGAAAAUUGAUAAGCUCAAAUCCAUGUCCUAUUUGUCGCGAUGAAUAUUUGGUUUUACAUCAUCAACAUACUGAACUUUUAAAGCAGUUUUUAAAUCCUGAUACACUUCAAAUUUUCCCAACUGCAAAAACUGGUCUGUGUCAACAUCAGCAUAAAAUUCUUCAAAUGGAAGUUGAGAAAGCACGUGAUUUGGGUACAAUUCAAAUGUGUACACCUUUCUACUUAUACGAUUACAAUGAUUAUUACGAUUAUUUACCAACUGAACAAUUGAAUGAAUUACUUAAAAUUAAUGGUAGAAGUAUGAAUAUUUCUUCAGCUGAUUUAAUAACAUUACCAUCUGAUAUACAAGAUAUAUUGCAAACUUAUCAGUCUAUUCCACAUGCAGUGGAAUUUUAUACUCGUCUACCAAAAGUUGAUAUUAUCCCACCGAAAAUAGUCAAUCGUUAUCAAAUGGAAGAAAAAUACAAAGAAUUACUUCAACGUAGACGACGUUCUCAUUCACUUAUUCUAAAUUAAAAUGAAUUUUCAACUUCUCCUUCUCCUUUUUCUCCUUCCUGGAGGUUUUUUUAUCCUAUUCAAAACUAUUAUUAUAUUGUAUAGAUUGACUUGUAAAUAAAAAAAUGGAUAAAUAAAACAGUUUUAAUGCA